AUGCAAGGCAUCCGAUGCGCCUGUCGACGAGCAGGUAGUGUUGCACAAACUGUACUUGGUAAACAACGUCAUACCGUUAAUACUUCAAAAUGGUCAAAAUUAGCUUAUCAACCAGCCGCUAAUUUUCAUAUUGUUGGUAAACGAAAUGCCGCAGCCCAAUCAGCACAACAAAAACAAACAGCUACAAAACAAACACAAACUGGUCAACAAGACAAACAACCAGUUCAAGCUGCUAAAGGUGCUAAAGGUCGUGUUGUAUCGGUCAUUGGUGCUGUUGUCGAUGUACAAUUCGAUGAACAAUUACCACCUAUUCUUAAUGCACUUCAAGUUGAUGGUCGUCAACCAAAAUUAAUUCU